UGCUCUCAGAACAGAUGUCUCUCAUCUUCUCGACGACAACGACGACAAUUGAUAUUCCUCCUAAAACUUCUGCGCCAGCUACGGCUACUUAAAAAAGUACUACUGUUACUACUUCUACUGCUUCUACUACAGUAACAACGACAACGACCUUCAUUGUGAUUGUAGUGGGCCUGUUUUCAAGAGAAGACACCUCAAAAUGGAUCAAGUGGUCAGUAGAUAUUUUUGUGGUUGUGCCUUAUUGUGCUGAUCUAUUCAGGCUCUGUCGAACUAAAACACAGAAACAAAGCAGAACUUAGUUAAGACGUGAACUCGCUGUAAUUGUAUUGUUGAUGGUGUUUGUCCUUGAACACUGCACGCAAUGGUCAACAACGACAAAAGUUCCUCCGAUUCCUGACUUUCUAAGAGUCUGAGUCUCAGGCCAUGGCUUUGUUCAUAGAUUCAUGUUCGAUUGUAUUAGAGUAAAAAAACAACACUGUCAAAAAAUGGUCAAUGUUCCAUCGUUUUGUGUCAAAAUAGUGGUUGGGUACCUCAUUGGGUAAUAACCAGAGUCAUAUUUCUCGGCUGAAUUGAAUGCUCCUCAGCCUCGAACUGUCGGAAUCGAUCAAAGUCAACAGCUGAUCCCCUCCAACUUUCACCGCCAUGGCCAAACGCGGGGCCGACGACUCGACCACUCGAUUGAGACCCAAUAACGACGAGUCCCACACACGAUCCAGCAGCCCUAACAACUCCUUUCAUUCGCAUCCGAACUUUGGUGCAUCUAUAUCAGCCGCUUACAAGGCCACGACACCCACCAGCGGUUUGGCACCCCCUUCGUUGCCACCCUCGAGCCGUAAAUGCUCGGUGUCAUCGGUGAAUACCGGAACUAAUGGCCCGACAGGAUCUCGACCUCAGUCUCGCGAACGCUUGGCGGACAUGCGUAUGACUUUUGGGGGGAGCAAACAGAAUAUUCAACGAGAUUCCUCCUCUGAGCGAUGCUCCAGUCUUGACCAACAAAGUGCCCAACGAAGUCGUACUCAGAGUCCUUUACAUCAACAACAUCUCCAAUCGUCGACGAAUCCAGGGCGUUCCUCUAACGGGAGUUCGCCAGGUGGCGACAGUCCAAACACUGAGCCGAGAAAGUCGAAGAGGUUAUUGAAUCAGUGGAGGCAAGCCGCGUCAAUGUCCAAGUUUGGCAAUCGGACUCGGAAUCUUUUAGGCAAAUGGAAAUCGCAUUCUCAGUCCGUUGAUAUUGUUGGAAGUGCAGGAGUGCUCGAAGAGGGCAUCAUGAUUGGCAUGGGAUCCGAUCCCAGUGGCAUCAGUGGCUCAUCGAUGUCGAGGGGAAGCAAGGACGACAACAAUCUACCCACCAAAAAGACCCAAUGGAGUGAACACGUUUGGACUGCCUGGGUUCAUCGAGGGUUUUCCGAUGACGUAACCGAAGUGAAGAAACUCCUACCCGGAGGCGAUCUCCUUACCGACUUCCAAAAGGACAAAUUCCGAUAUUUUUUCUUCCACGUGCUCGACCUCAACUCCGACAACGUGAUUUCCGCCGAGGACUUUGAAAAACUCAACGAGCGGAUUCGCCAUUACAUGGAUUGGUCAGUGAAUAGUAUUCAAUAUUUGGCCAUGAAAGAGGUGCAUUCCACUUUCUUGGAGUGCUUUCUCAAGACGGCUGCCAACUUUUCCAAGCAAGAUGAUGGUAAAGAAGACUUGCGAAAUCCAGAGCUACUCUUUGAGCACUGGAAAUUAGGCUUUCCUAUUGGUUUGAGUACCCCAGAGGACUUUAGAUUUGAUUAUUGGGAUCCGUUCAAGAAACUGGACUCGCUAUACGACAGGAUGGACCACGUGACAAUCACAGAUGUGCUCAAUGACGAGCCGGAAGUGGAGCAGAAAACGUGCGUGACUAUCGACGAAUGGAUCGACGUUUGGGGCACCCUGGUGGGCACCGCCAAAAAGCUGGACGAUUUCCCCAUGUGGGUCCAGUACUAUCCCAAAAUACUCUUCGAUAUUAUAAACAGAUCAGGAACGGGUGUGAUUACCAAAAGCCAAUUGAAGUAUUUCUACACCGCUUUUCUAGACGUGGGUAAAUUAGGAGAGCAUCGCCUCGAAGAGAUUACAAACAAUGCAUUUUCAGCCCUGACAUCGGGUGGAGAUAUCCGUCUCACUUAUCAUAUCUUCAAGUUGUCAUUCUUGAAUUUUUUGUUGGGGAAGCAACCCAAUGGUCCAGGUCAAUUCAUUUUUGGAACCGUCACACCUCGAACAGCAACAUGCAUGUUCCCAGUGGAUUAUUCAGCCAUGAAUGCUACCGAUGAAGAUAUUGAACCAUUUAGGCAUGAAAAAUUGGAGGAGAAAGGCAGUCGUCGCUCAGUUUUGGUGUGAGAAAGCAAUCUCAUCACACUUUCAACGCCAAAAUAGAUGUGUCCAAGAAUCUCUUUUACCCUUCAAAUUGCCCAAAGACGAGAUAGCAGAAUCGCUGAAGGAUCAACGGUUGGUGCGAAAAAAAAGCCGCUUGAAAAGCCAUGACCAUUUCAGCUUAAUUCUAAGCCCCGGAUGUUUGAGGCUCAGCUCUCCAAAUCAAAACCCCUGAAGUGCAUCCGUAUUAUAUUCUAAAUUCUCAGAUGUUGGCACGCCCUCCAUGACCACAUUAUUCACCCGACCUCUGCCCGUUCAACUUGGGGCGCACUCCGGGCUCCAUUAACAUCUAUUUUAACGCCUUGUCGCUAAGGCCCAAACUCACCCCUCCAUGACAUCGACAAAUAAAAGUUUUCACCCUC